CCUAGCUCCAUUCCAACUCCAUGUCUCCAAUUCUUCCUUCUCUGCUAUAAAUAAAAAGCAAAUUCUUGUUCUUUUUAUCAUGCGCUCUCCUCCUUUCUCUGCCUAACUUUUCAGAUUCAAUCCAUCCAUGACGAGAAGAAGAACGUUCGAAUCCCAAGAGAAUCGACCGGAUGCUCCAAGGCCAACGAUGUUCAUUCCCAAGAGAGCGCGCCCUUUCUCGGCGCAGGUUCUUCUGAUCGUGACGGCCGUGCUAGGUUUUUGGUUUCUCUCCAAGAUCGUGAUGAUAAGGAGAUUGAGUCGGAUUGAUGUUCUUAACCACCGAGGGGUCGGAAAUCGCGACUCUGGUCUUGUUGACGAUGGAGGGUCGUCGGACAAUUCCGAAACAUCCAACCUCUGGAAGCAGCCGAUUGUGAAUGAUAGAUACUACAAAUGUAUCAAUCGGUCAAGGCACGAAACAGGUCCAGCAAAAACAACGAAUGGGUAUAUCUUAGUCCACGCGAACGGGGGAUUGAAUCAGAUGAAAAUAGGAGUGAGUUUUCUUAACACUUAA